CAUUUGCUUUGUUUCGUACUUGAUGUGAAGCCGGACGGUUGUGCUCGCUCUUCAUUCAUCAACCCCCCGCCGCUAAUACACUCGCAUUAUAUUUUUACAUGUACAUUACAAAAUUCACAGUCACUAAUCAACAACUCAAGUAUUUUACGUCUGUUUAUAACGAUUUGUUUUUUUAUUAUAACGUUUGUGCAACGUUAGUUUUCAUGUCUUGACUGUAAAUUAUAAAUCAGUAUUAAAUCUUAACGCUUUUGAUUCUUUUUUUUUUUUUUUAAACAAAAAAAUCUUUGUAAAUGAUUAAAUUAUAAGGACUGUGAUAAAAACAUGGCGGGAGACAACCAACAUUUCUGUCUGCGCUGGAACAACCACCAAAGCACAUUGAUCAGCGUGUUCGACACCUUAUUGGAGAGCGGCACCCUGGUCGAUUGCACGUUAGCAGCUGAAGGACAAUACUUAAAAGCCCAUAAGGUCGUCUUGUCGGCGUGUAGCCCAUACCUAGAGUUACUGCUUAGUCAGCAUUAUGAAAAACACCCGAUCGUCAUACUCAAGGAUGUAAAAUUCCAAGAACUCAAAAGUAUGAUGGAUUACAUGUACAGGGGGGAAGUUAACAUUUCCCAGGACCAACUAAGUACGUUCCUGAAAGCUGCAGAAUCUCUGCAGAUCAAGGGUCUGACUGAUGGUGGUGGUAACGAAGACGGCGGCACCCCUUCAUCGGCUCCUGCCAAGGCUCCUAUUACCAACCCAGUUAGAAAACCAGUCCAACAGUCCGUCACACGCGGUCCAACCGCAUCAGCACAGGGUUUAACGAUAGAAAGGAGGCCAGAAAGUCCACACAUCAGGUCACGUGACGACAGUGCCUCGCCGACGCCAAGAAAACGUAGGCGUAACCAGCGUAGGCCGUCCACUAGUGAUGAUCCCGACAGUCAUGUUGAUACAAGCAACUCCUGUGAUGUACCGCCCCUUCAGUCCGGAGCCCUGAGCGGCGUCGGUGUUCCUAACAUUCCCGCCACCAUCACCAAAGGUGCGCCGUUAGAUGACGGUGAUCAUGAGACUGAUAACAGCCGCGUCAACAACCACGACACAUCAGCUGCUGAAGGUGUAGCGGGACCAAAGAUCGAACCGACUAGUGAACUGAUUGAACCUAAGACUGAGUACAUGGAAGAGAUGAACAACGAGGAUAGUAUAGAAGACUUGACUCUGGACGAUGAUGAUGAUAUGGAAAACAGUAUGGACAUGUCAAGAGCUGGCCCAUCACAUGACAACUCAAACCAAAGUUUUGGUCAAUGGCCAAUGUCGGGAAACCAAACUACGGAUGAAGUGUUCAUGAAUGCACAGGAAGCGGUUGGAGCUCACAGGGAUACUCAAGCUUCGGCAAACAAAUACAAUAGGAUGAUGUUAGACCCGUUGACCAAAGCCAGGCUCCAGUACUGGACCAGCACCUCCGAGACAUUCCAUUCCACCUUGGCCACGAGUGGCAGCAGGCAAUCGUCUUCGGCGUGCCAAUCGCAAACUCCACAGCAGCCACGGUCUACUACUGCCGCAACUACGGCUGCUGUUGCUGCUGCUGCUACCGCUACAGGGUCUACCGAAAGCUUAGGUAAUCCGGCAGUGACCGCCUCUUCGGCCGACGGAUCCGCAGAACCGCGUUUCCCUUGUCCAAAGUGCCCUCGGAGUUAUCGGAACCGGAACCACUUGUACCGGCAUGUACGCUACGAGUGCGAUCGCAUCAAACAGUACCGGUGCGGUAUAUGUUUCAAAGAUUUUUACAGGAGAGACAACCUGAAGACACACAUCAACUACAAACACCUGAACAAGUUAAACUUGGCCGCCACCCCUACGCCACCUGUCACUGAAGCACCGACAAAAGAGGUCUAGUCGCUCGUUUGUCUUGUCUCCUUCACUUCUUUUUCCUCCUUCUUCAUCUCGCUAUCUUUAUUAUCAUUGACCGCGUGUGCAUCGAUGUUUAUCUCUUCUCUAUAUACGAUGAUCGACCUCAUGUUUGAAAUAAUAUUGUUUUCCUCAUUCGUUUCUAUUAUCAAACAAAACAAAUUAAACACCUACUAGCUUUUGACUAAAUUAUGUAUAUCCUUUGUUUUAUAUUAAUAAUAAUAUCAUUAUUGAAAAUGUUUAUCUGUCGUUAAGAUUUUAACUAUCGCAUCUCGUCGAUUAUUUUGUGUUUUUUUUACCUUGCGCGACAAACCUGGUCGUUCUAGUUAAAAAAAGUAACAGUAAUCGACAUUUUGUACAUAUCAAAACAUUUCCAAUGAUUAUCGGCUGUACAUUCUGAUCUCGGGUGAGUUAACGUCUGUCCCCCUCCUCAAAAAUAAGUAUAUUUGUGUAUUAUCCUUUUGUCAAGGUGUGUCAAUUUGAGAAAUUCUAUAUA